AGAGAGUCCGGUGGUCAAAGGCAAUGCACUGUUGGCCUUAAGCAGCCUUGCUGUCGUGGUGUCCAAGCAUGAAGCCAGCCUAUCCUCAGAUUCUGAUGGAGUCGUGGAGGUCCAACCUAAUUUCUUACCAGUGAAAGAGUGGGUUUCCAUGGUGCUUAAUACUCUCCUGGUCAUUGUGGAUAGCCAUUACCACCCCAGAGGACAACUCUUCACCUGCUUUUAUCAUAAGUCCUAUUCUGGUGAGAACACGGCAAGUGCUAUUGCGCGCUCUGCGGCCGCCACGGCUUUGUCUCUCCUAGUGCCGGUUGUCAUUAUCUCUUGCAAAGAGAAGGUUGAGGAAAUCCUGAACAUGCUGACUGCCAGGUUACCUGGGAAACCAAGUGCUGAUGAAUCUCAAGCCGUGCAAAUCCACAUGGGCCUUGCGUUGGGGAUGUUUCUCUCUCGCUUGUGUGAAGAGAAACUCAGUGACAUGUCUGGCCAACAGAUGAACCUUCUUCUGAUGAAGUCCUUGGAUGCCCUGGAAAGCUGCUGUUUUGACUCCAGUCUUGAGUACAA